UCUAAAAUAAAAGUUCUAGUAAGUAAGAAAAUUUCGGAGAGCAGUUACCCCUAGCUCCUAGAUGAGGCUUAUCAGCUGGUCAGCACCCACAAGCUGGCAGAAACACGCCCUUCUGCAACGCAUGCAGGCUGGAUAAACAGCACUGUGCAGCUCUCAGACACAGGGGCCAGCAGCACGUGAACACAGAAGGAGUCCUAGCCAGACAGACACUGCUCCGCUUGCUUUCCCUAAAGCCCAGCUGCUCGCCCAGCGUGGGCCCCGAGCCCUGCCUCUUGCUCCACUUCUCACUGAAGGCCAUUAGCAGUCCGGGCAGCUGCUGUGCCCACCAGCUGCAUGGGGACGCAGUGGGCCAAGUGUGCCCGCCAGGCGCGCAUUCUGUAGCCAAGAAGUAGCUCCCGCCUGCUUCGUGGCUGUAGGCCGACCACAUGCACACACAUCUGGAAACGCACGUGUGGGAGGCUUGGGACCCCCUGCCCCAGCUCUGAUGUUUUCAAUUCUAAGCCUGCCCUGUGCCACCGCUGUGCCAUCAAAGAGCCUUGUGUGUCCCUGGGCCCGCAGUGAAAGCAGCCAGCAUCUCUAUGGCGGAGGCUCAGCGAGGUCCAACUAUUUUUGUCCUUAGUUCUACAGACAAACGUCUGUUCAGUUCAUUUCCCCAAGGGAAAAGGGAACUCAGGACUGAACUACACUGCUCUGGACCUGAGCUGCCUGUACCCAACCUGCCAGCCCUCCCUGCCCAGGGGCUGGAUGCUCUGCAGGGCAUAUGCAGGGUGCAGCCCACCCCCGCACAGAGCAGAGGAUGUGAGCACACUUGAUCUGGAGGGCAGACUGUCCAAGUGACGCCUCUCCUCUCGAAACCAGCUGUAAACACAGAUAGGGAGGGGCCUCCGUGCCUGCCAAGGGAGGCAGCAACUUUGUGAGUAAUUGACUCAAGGAAAACAAGUGCGGCAGGCAGGAGCGUGUGCGGCGCUCACGCGUCGCUGGCUGCCGCCGCGGAGUGGCCCCAGGGUUCCCGAGAGACAGGCGCUGGCCCUGUCAUGCUGCCUGUUGCUGACCUCUGGAGCCCACAGUACGAAGGAAGGAGGGACUUGAGAUAAAGAGCUGCGGAGCUGGCGUGAGCUGCCAUGUGGAGCUGUGGCCAACUCAACAGCACAGCGUGGGGUGAGGAGCCGCUGUGCCGGAACCUGCGCCUGGGGCUGUGGGUCCUGUCGCUGCUCUACCUGGGGGCAGGCGUCCCCGUGGGCCUGGGCUACAAUGCCCUCCUGGUGCUGGCCAACCUGACCAGCAAGAACAGCAUGACCAUGCCUGACGUGUACUUCGUGAACAUGGCUGUGGCGGGGCUGGUGCUCACGGCGCUGGCACCAGCGUACCUGCUGGGCCCCGUCCACUCCAGGUGGGCCCUGUGGAGUCUCAGCAGCGAGGCCCACGUCACGCUGCUCAUCCUGUUCAACGUGGCCUCCCUGGUGACCAUGUACUCCACGGCCCUGCUGAGCCUGGACUACUACAUCGAGCGCGCCCUGCCCCGCACCUACAUGGCCAGUGUGUACAACACGAGGCACGUGUGUGGCUUCGUCUGGGGAGGGGCAGUGCUCACCAGCUUUUCCUCCCUGCUCUUCUACAUCUGUAGCCACGUGUCUUCUCGAAUCACUGAGUGUGCCCGGAUGCAGAACACGGAGGCGGCGGACGCCAUCCUGGUGCUCAUAGGCUACGUGGUGCCGGGUCUGGCCGUGCUGUACGCACUGGUGCUCAUCUCCAGGAUUGGGGAGGGAGACACGGCCCUGGACCAGGACACCAGCAGGCUGGACCCCUCGGUGCACAGGCUGCUGGUGGCGACCGUGUGCACACAGUUUGGGCUCUGGACACCUUACUACCUGAGCCUGGGGCACACGGUGCUGGCCGCUCGGGGGAGGCCCGUGGAAGGGUACUACCUGGGCAUCCUGCAGGUUGCCAAGGACCUGGCCAGGUUCUUGGCCUUCUCGAGCAGCUCCGUGACGCCGCUGCUCUACCGUUACAUCAACAGAGCCUUCCCCAGCAAGCUCCGGCGGCUGCUGAAGAAAAUGCCCUGUGGGCGCCGGCACUGCUCCCCGGACCCUGCGGCCGUGCAGCAGGUGAUGGGGCAGGCGUAGCUGGCCCCUCCCUCCCUGGUCGGCGUCAGGGACACUAAAAUCCAACUGGAAGCGUAGCACUGUUCCCCAGGCGCACGGCGCUUCUGUCCCCAUGCUUGAGGCAGGAUGGCACAGGGGUGCAUUUCUCCUGACAUUUUCUAUCUUCUCCUAAAAGGCCAGUCUUGGUCUUAAGCUGCAGUGUGGAAAGUGGUGGUGCCCUGUGCGAACAGGCUGCUUCUAACUAACCUUCCCACCUUCUCCCCAAGCUGUGUGCCUUCCUCCCAGGGAUAGCUUCAAGGUCCAUGUCCUCACAAGCAGGCUGACCCUCCCUGGUAUUUGGGCUUUCUAAAUGAAGUGAUGAAAUCUAAAGCCAGUAUUUAUACUUCGUAUUGACACAAUACUUGAUUCCCCUCUUAUUUUUUUGAAUAGAAAGUGUUAGAAAAAUGCCUCGUAUUAAGAUGCAGGCAGGACGGAGGAAUGUGGCUGUCGCUGGUAUCAGAGUUCUAGCCUGAGGACAGGACAGUGCGCCCGUGGGCCUGCUGCGCUACACGGCCAUCGCUGACAGUGGCAGCGGUGGAGCACAGGCCCUCUCCCCAGCCACACAGCCUCUCCUCUACCGAGAAAUGGUCUCAGUAUAGGCCUGGCUUUCCAGUGCCUCAGUGUACGCACAUGAAGAAAUGGAAGAGAGAAAGUUCUGAGGUGAUAAAGCGUUAGCUGGGCAUGGAUGGGAAAGGCAGGAUGGUAUGACAACCUGCAUCAGGGGGAAGGGCCCUGCCUGGCCAGUUUCACACAGCUGUGGGGUGGUAUACGACCAGGUUCACCCCCACAUAUGUCUGGGUCCAGGCCUCCCCCAUGUGCCUCUGGGGCCGUUUGCCAUCCUUGUAUUUGGUAAUUGUUUACUCUACCGUGGGCAUGAAAAGAACUCCCUCCCUCCCCAUCCUGUUGCUGCCACCACCCCAUUCUUCAGGGCUACCCUGCAAGCCCACAGCUCCCUGCUCCCCAUUUCCAGAGAGCUAACCUGGCUGUUUCCCCGGAAGGCUGGUGUGGUCCGGAUCCGUGGCCUUCCUACAUGGCCCUGAGGCUGGUCCUGGCUGCUUGGGAACUUCAGCUAUGACUUAGUGGCUUUAGUUUUAUCUAUCUGUGCAAACUACAUUUCCUCAGAUGGUGACUGCCUGAAUUAGUUUGCCUUAGGAGAACUAGGGAGAUAGAUGAAGUCCUCAGACCUGGCUAUGGUCCACUGGGCAUGCUCUGUGGGGCUCGGCUCCCCAUGAAUAAACCACAGGGCUGGGUUAGACAAGAGCCUUCAGAGUUGCUUAUGGCUGUAGGGUUUUGUUUUGAGGUCUUUAAAGUGGCAAGCCUGAUGUCCCCUGCCCUUCCCCACCAGGUGGGCAGCUGAGUGAAGGCCCCAAGACUCUAAUGGCUGCCAGGCUUCCCAUCCGGAUGGCCACACUGAUCACUUUAAUGCUUGCUGAGGAAACAAGACCUCUCACCAUGAAGGUUCUAGCUAGGCCUGGCCUGCAGGCCAACUGUAAUUCUCCUAUGGGUGAGAGCAAGCCCAGGGAUCAAGGUCAGGGCAAGCAAAGGGCAGCCUGAGCUUUGUGGGUCAUGGGGAAACGAGCUCCAGGUGGGCGGGGCCGUCUGUGACGUGGUGCCCCGUGGUGCCCCGGUUUAAAGCAGUCCCUGCCUUUGCUGACCAUUUCACACUCUUUGCUCCAGGCAGAGGUCCUGGGGGACUCUGUGCCCUGGGAUCCUCCAUCCCAGCCAUCCCAAGCAAAGUGGGGAAUGGCUCAAAUCACAUUCCUCUGCUGCGUUUUCUCAGUGGCCUUAGGUUCAAACUGGCCAGGUUCUAGGGGACCCUUGAGGGACUGGAAGCCAGGGCCCUGUGACUGGCAUCAACUGUACUUGUCCUGCAGGGGUAGCUCAGUGGACACCCGGAUGCCUGCCUGGGAGUGGUGGCCAUCUGCAGCGCAGACCCUUUCGCUAUAGAGAGGCUCUGGAGCGAAGUGCCCUCCUGGCCAGGACCUCCUCCUUGCCCCAGCCUUCCACCACAGACACCCAAGUGCUCAAGUUACUCAUGCUCUGACCUUUGCUGUCUGUGACCCUGUCCUUAGCUCAUCCUGGGGGCCCCCAAUGUCUGUUCCCCAAGUCUUCUGCCUUGCACCUCCCAAAGUAGGAAAGAACCUACACCACAUAGAGGUUACUGCAGUGGUGUAUGUGUGUGUGUGUGUGUGUGUGUGGGGUGUGUGCACUGUGUGUGUGUGGUGAGUGGGUGUGGUAUGUAUGUGUGGGGUGGAUGUGAUGUGAUGUGGUAUGUGUGUGUGAGAGAGACUCAGUGGUUCUUUCUUGCGUGAGUUUAAGGUGUCAGGCAGAACACUUUUCCCCAAGGAUCGUUCAUUUGGCUGUCAUCACUUCUUGAUAGUUGACGAUGAAUGCUUUUAUUUUCAUUAGCUCACACGAAAGCUUGCCACAUGUCAUGACUUAGGAUUCCAGAGAGCGACCUUUUCUUGGGCUUCCUUCACAAUGCCAGAUGGCAUGACACAGGAAAGCGGACCCAUUGCUCCCUGGGGCAGAUGUACCCAGGAACUGACAGACACCUGUUCUGUUGGGGAGAGCACAUGGCAGAGGUCAGACCAGAGAGAAGUUAUGACCUUAAACUGUGUGUCCAGUUCUUGGGUUUUAAGCCUGUGGGAACAUAUGGGCAUUUUAUUCCUGGCCUACGCCCCCCCCCCCCCCCGUGGAUGGUUCCAUUUGCCGAAAUUCUGUGAAUGUGAAAAAGAAACUACUGAUGAGAUUCACACAUCUUGACGACUAUUAAAUUAUUUAACACUCAA